CCGAGGGGCCCGAGCUCCUGGCAGUGCAGGAUCCUGUCGACGAUCUUUCCUGGGGUCUGUCUGCAAAAAUGUCUGAAAGAUCAGAUCUCCUUCACUUCAAGUUUGAAAAUUAUGGAGAUUCAAUGUUACAAAAAAUGAACAAAUUAAGAGAAGAGAAUAAAUUUUGUGAUGUUACAGUUCUCAUAGAUGAUAUUGAGGUACAGGGGCAUAAAAUUGUGUUUGCUGCAGGUUCCCCCUUCUUAAGAGACCAGUUUUUACUGAAUGAUUCCAAAGAGGUGAAAAUCUCCAUAUUACAAAGUUCUGAAGUGGGGAGACAAUUGCUAUUAUCCUGUUAUAGUGGUGUGCUGGAAUUCCCUGAAAUGGAACUGGUAAAUUACUUGACUGCUGCAAGUUUUCUUCAGAUGAGUCACAUUGUAGAACGGUGCACACAGGCGCUGUGGAAGUUUAUAAAGCCAAAACAACCAAUGAAUAGUAAAGAGGGAUGUGAACAGCAGACUGCUUCUCCCCAGUCAAAAGAACAACAGGGAGAUGCCAGAGGCUCCCCAAAACAGGACUCACCUUGUAUUCAUCCAUCUGAAGACAGUAUGGAUAUGGAGGACAGUGAUAUUCAGAUUGUUAAGGUAGAAUCUAUUGGGGAUGUAUCAGAGGUUAGAAAUAAAAAAGACCAAAGUCAAUUUAUUUCUUCUGAACCCACUACCUUACAUUCAUCAGAGCCCCAGCACUCCCUGAUAAAUUCAACUGUGGAAAACAGAGUAAAUGAAAUAGAACAAAACCAUCUUCACAAUUAUGCUCUCUCUUACACAGGCAGUGAUAACAUCAUCAUGGCCUCCAAAGAUGUCUUUGGGCCUAAUAUUCGAGGUGUAGACAAAGGCCUACAGUGGCAUCACCAAUGUCCAAAGUGUACCAGGGUGUUUCGUCACCUGGAGAACUACGCCAACCAUUUAAAAAUGCACAAACUCUUUAUGUGUCUACUCUGCGGCAAGACUUUUACUCAAAAAGGCAACCUUCAUCGACAUAUGCGUGUACAUGCUGGCAUUAAACCUUUCCAGUGUAAGAUCUGUGGGAAAACCUUUUCUCAGAAGUGUUCCUUACAGGAUCAUCUUAACCUUCACAGUGGAGAUAAGCCCCAUAAGUGUAACUAUUGUGACAUGGUUUUUGCACAUAAGCCAGUUUUGAGGAAACACCUUAAACAGCUCCAUGGCAAAAACAGCUUUGAUAAUGCCAAUGAAAGAAAUGUACAAGAUCUCACAGUGGACUUUGAUUCCUUUGCAUGUACAACAGUCACAGAUUCUAAAGGGUGUCAGCCACAGCCUGAUGCAACACAGGUCCUGGAUGCAGGUAAACUGGCCCAAGCUGUUCUGAACUUAAGAAAUGAUAGUUCUUGUGUGAACUGAAUAGGGGCUUCAUACUCAAUAGAACUGACUGAGAACAGGGCAAUAGUCUUAAGAGUAGGAAUGACUUUGCUAGUUUGAUGUCUCCAAAGCUCUGUUCAGGUUGUGGGGGAUAAGUCAAAGAACUAACUGACCAGGCAGUUUACCACAUGGAGUGGUCUUGCCUUCCUUUUGUCUGCUCCCAUUUUCUGUUUUUAUCCUAUGAUGUCUGUUUUCCUUUCCUAAGGAGUAUUCCAUUUGUCUACCUUACAUUGACUAGACAAGUCAAUCAGACAGGCACUGUUUUAAGCUUUUCACUGGAAACAUUCUACAGGUACCAACAAAUUAAUAACAUCACCUACUUUCUACUAGUAGUCAGUAUGCUAAAAGAAGUGAAUGAUGUUUUCCUUUAUCAUAAAACAAGCUAAGGUAAUAAGACUGUAUUGCUAUUGACCUUAAAUUAAUGUGAGGUAGAACUUUUAGUUGCCUAUGGAUAAUUCUUAUAUGUCUGAUCAAGGAAAGAAUCUGCUUCCUA